AUGCAGGCCUUUUUUAUAGUCGCCGCUCUUGCCGUGUCUGCUUUCGCAUCUCCUGCCAACACCAACAAAUCGUCCAUCACGCCGGUCGCGUUGUACAGCAACAACUGUAAAGGCAGUGGGCUCUGCUCUGACUCAAUCAGAGACGAUUGUCAGCAGGCUAUAGACAACGUGAAUGCUGGUGCCACUUACUCUGACCAGGCCCAGUUCUCAGUUGGCAAUUGCUACAUGAUCUAUGCGACGAAUGGUGCCGGAGCUCAGCCUGUCAGUGGCCAGACCAUCAUCGACACCGCCGACACUAUCUUGUCGUCCUGCUCGGACACGUGCGGCAGCUACGGAACGAACAAUAAUGGGUGCUCCGCGUGUCAUGUCACGCUAAACUAUCGAUCUUGA